AUGAGUUCCCUCGCCUCGAUCUUCAUGGUCAAACGGCUAUCCGCCAGCGAAAAACGCCGUCAUGAUAUUGGAGCAGCCAACGACGCCGACGACGACAAAUCAGCGCCCCUGAUGGGCCUCUCCAACAACCAUUCCCACGACUACAAGCCAACCCCGAAACACCGGAAAUACACGCGACCCUUCCUCCUCACCUGUCCAGCUUUCAUCAGUCUUAUCCUCCUCUCCCUCCUCUUCGGGAUUCUCGCAACCACCCUCCUCGCCGUCACUAAUCCAACCAUCAAACGCGCUCUUGUUCCGGCCCCAAAGAAACUCCACAAGCCCUGCGGCAGCACGCCCUCAGAAGCCCGCAAAGCCGGCUGCCAUUUCGACGUGAUCUCCUUCUGCUGGCUCCCUGACGCCUGCUACGACGCCGAGCUCUCGCAGCAGUUCGAUAGCGAGAACAAGCUCGAGUGGUACCUCGACCCAAAUCGUACGCUUCCACUCGGCCACCAGGAGAUCAUGACGGGGGAAUAUACGGGGCUGUAUGUGAACUGGGAGUAUCAUCUACGUCAUUGUACGGCCAUGUGGAAGAAGAUGCAUCGGGCGGUGCUGGGGGGUGGCGGACGGGAGGCCAUCGAUGGGUAUAUUGGGAUUUACGAGCAUACGGAGCAUUGUGAGAUGAUGUUGCUUGGGGAUCGGAGCAUUGAGUGGGAGGCUAUUAAUACGAGGAUUGCGGUCAAGUUUCCGGAUUGUGGGGUUUAA